AUUAACUUUUAGCUGGUCGCGUUUUAAUGCAUAAUUAUGGUGAUUAUCACGAACAACACCUUACUCUGUAACUCAUUCGCUUCGCGCAUUUUUUUAUUAUGGUUAUUAAGGUCUCGUGAUUAAGAUUUGCUCAAACCCGCGGCACUUUAGCAUAAAGGCAGCCGCACAAAUUUGCGUUUGUUUCAGCAGUUGGAGUACUGACUUACAGAUACUGACUUAUACUGAUCAUCUUGCAGCUUCAAAACAAAUCGAAUGUUAGGAUCAUAACAAAACUAAAAUUGUUAUGAAUUUUCAAUUACGAGAUCUUGUAAAGAACAACAACAAGAACGAUUAAUUCUUUCUUGGAACAGUCAUGUACAGUCAGUACAAAUAUUUCAUAUUCUAUAUUGUAAACCAGCACUGUUAACUAACUGGACAUUAUGUUGGUGACUGUUUUACUUCCGGCAACGAUCGAGUCCGUUGUCCCUCACCUUCUGCAACACGCUCAUGGCCGAUUUCGAAACUUUUUCGUUGUUUCUUUCGAACAACUGCAGAAAUCAUUUCUCCUGAUAUACUCGUAUUCAUUGUGGAAUUAAAAGUUUACCCGGCCUUUACAACAUGAGGGCCAUUUUCUUUGCAUCAGCGCUCGUAAUUACCAUAGUUUUUCGACCAUUUUCCCGCGAUCAGAGCGUCAGCGCCCAAGCCAAUUUAGAGAAUGCGGGUUUUACCGGCGAUUCCGCGGAGGAGCGUAGCUUUGCAGCUGUAAAUGUUAAAUCCCUCGGAAAAUUUAACAACGAAUUCACCAAUGUGGCAGCGAAUGUACGUCUGCCAUUUGGAUCGGCUAGCACGAAAGCUUUGAAGCAGUGCGGUGUUCCCGGAGCAGGAGGUUUAAAUACCUUCUUGGAUACGCAGAAUCAUUUGGGAUUUUCUCCAGCGAAUGGCAAUAAGAAUAUUAACCCGGCUUCCAAAUCGGCCAUCGUUUCCGGUAUGGCUGAAAAUGCCAAUCGAUUUGUCGUGGAUUUCAUGGCCAACCAUAAUCAGUUAAACGAAGAUACCAUUGUUCCGCGACGCAAGAAACGCUCGCUCUGGGAGCGAUCGCUGACUCUGGGACUAUCCGAUAAAAAAUUGAAAGUGGUCCCGACCGUUGUUGGUGGAUUUGAUGCCGUGCAGAACCAAAUCUGUUGGCAGGCCAAAAUAACUAUCCUGCUAAGCGGCGGAAUAGCCACUUGCGGAGGGACAAUCAUCGGUUCCCGGACCAUUUUGACAGCUGCGCACUGCACUCUGGAUCCCUUCAUUACUGAGCGAAAACAGCAACUUUCCAAGGAAAGCUAUACCGUGCAAGUUGGCGCUAUGAACCGCCAGUUUAACCAGUUCAAUCCCAAUUCCGAUAAGACAGGAUGCGCGGAAAACUUUAAAGUGUCACGAGUUAUCACGCACCGGGAUUACAGUCAGCAAGUGGGAAACAACGAUAUUGGAUUGUUGAUUCUGGACAGAGAUAUUGAUUUGGAUAAUAAACAAUGCGCAUGCCCUUUGUGUCUGAGGAACAAAGUACCGGGUGUCAAUGAAUUCUGUGUGGUCAGUGGAAUGGGCGACGAAUCGGAGGGAGGCGGCUCAAACCGCUUUCCGGUCCCCUUGAAAUGGGUUCGAGUCCAAGUGAUGAAUCAAACAGGCGACGGCAGCUGCGCAAUGAGCACCACGGAGGAAGGCGUUUCCACUGAUUUGACAAAGUUCAUCUGUGCCGGGGAUGUUGUCGGUGAGGAUUCCUGUCAAGGAGAUUCGGGAGGACCAUUAUUCUGUUUUGAUCGCACCGCGCAAACCUACUAUCUAGCCGGGAUUACGUCAUUUGGAGACGGAUGUGGUCUCGGUAUUGGAGGACAAUACACGAAAGUCUCCCAGUAUUUGGAUUGGAUUCGGUCUAAUUCUUCUCCUGACAGAAUAAGCUUGUGAUAUGACUGCUACGUAUUACAGUACGCUUCCCGCCUUCCGAAAAAGCUGUUAUCUGUAAUCAUACUGACGCAAAAUACAAAAUUACCUACAUUAUGUAACUUAUACGAGUAUUACUAUUACUUUGGAUCCUUUUAUAUAUGCGGGCAACCUUUUAUACUACGUUUUAUAAUUACGAGGCGCGAUUCAAUAAACCGUAAUUUCAUUG